UUUGACCCACCCAUCACGGACAAACAAAAUCCAUAGGAAAAGAUUUCUGAUUCUUCAUGAGAACAAACUACAUAGUAUAACAAAUCGGUUACGAAUCACAUUUGUUGAGUAUCUCCGUGAAUCAGAUCUCGUUCAUAACAAAACCGUAAAUUCAGUUAGGGUUUCGAGAUCUGCCACCGGCAACCACCACCACCAUGAGAGUGCCACCACAACCGUCAUCUCCGUCCACAUUACCGGCAAAAGAUGCCGAAUCAAUCUUCCGUACAAAACCUAUCUCCGAGAUCCGAAACAUCGAAUCCGCAACCCGAAAACAGAUCCAGGAUAAGAGCGAAGAGCUCCGGCAGCUCAUCGGCAAUCGCUACCGUGAUCUCAUAGAUUCCGCCGAUUCAAUCGUCAACAUGACGUCAUCCUGCCGCUCAAUUUCGCACAAUAUAUCUUCAAUUCACGACGGUAUUCUUCAUUCUCUUACAUCUACAACUGUUAGCCCUAAUUCUGCAUCGUUAAAUCCAGUUAGGGCUCGUAGUUAUGGUAUUGCGUGUCGUGUUAAGUAUAUUGUUGAUACUCCUGAGAAUAUUUGGGGAUGUUUGGAUGAAUCGAUGUUUGUAGAUGCAGCUGCACGUUAUAUGCGUGCGAAAUUAGUUUAUAACGGUUUAACGAAUGACGAGAGUAAUAAGAGUUUGCUGUUGAAGUUUCCAUUGUUACAGCAUCAAUGGCAGAUUGUUGAGAGUUUCAAAUCUCAAAUCUCGCAGCGUAGUCGAGAGAGGUUAUUGGAUCAAGCGGUAGGGCUUGAGAUCUCGGCGUAUGCCGAUGCUCUUGCUGCUGUUGCGGUUGUGGAUGAGCUUGAUCCGGCGCAGGUUUUGAAACUGUUGCUUGAUGCGAGACGGUCGUGUGUUUCGCAGAAGUUAGGUAGUUGUAAGGUUGCUAGUGAGGAUGUGAUAAUGGUGUUUUGUGAAGUGUUGAAGGUGAUUCAGGUUAGUGUAGCGCAUGUAGGGGAGUUGUUUUUGCAGGUGUUAAGUGAUAUGCCUUUGUUUUAUAGGACGGUAUUGGAUUCACCCCCUGUGUCUCAGUUGUUUGGUGGGAUACCGAAUCCAGAUGAGGAAGUGAGAUUGUGGAAGUCGUUUAGGGAGAAACUGGAGUCGUUAAUGGUAAUGCUGGAUCGAGAGUUUAUCGCUAAAGCUUGUUUGGAUUUCUUGAGGAGUUGCGGGAAGGAAAUAGUCAACAAAGUCAAUGGGCGGUACUUAAUUGACGCUGUUGAUAGUGGACAACAGCUUGCUGCAGCUGAGAAGUUGAUUAGGGAAACUAUGGAAGGAAAGGAUGUGUUGGGAGGGAGUUUGGAGUGGCUAAAGACUGUUUUCGGUUCGGAAAUUGAAAUGCCGUGGAGUAGAACUCGUGAGCUUGUUUUAGGAAAUGAUGAUGAUCUUUGGGAUGAAAUUUUCGAGCAGGCUUUUGCAAACCGAAUGAAAGCGAUAAUUCGCUCCGGGUUUGAUGAAUUGAAUAAUAUAGUCAACGUAAAGGAGUCGAUCCUCGCCACUGAUAAGGGUCAUGGUGACAAAGUUGACUUCCAAGAUUUCUUGAAUCGGUCUCCGUUGGGUGGUGGAGUUUGGUUCAUGGAGUCCACCACGAAAAAGUCUUUCCUAGUGACUAGCCCUAAGGUAUCUCCGAACGGUAAUGAUUUCCAAAGCUGUUUAAAUGCUUAUUUUGGUGACGAAGUUGGUCGAAUUAGAAUGGCAGUGGACAAUCACUGCAAGAAUGUACUUGAAGACUUAUUAACCUUCUUAGAGUCUCCAAAAGCCUCUUUAAGGUUAAAGGAACUAGCACCAUAUUUACAAAACAAAUGUUUUGAAAGCAUGUCAACCAUACUUACAGAGCUCAAGAACGAGCUGGAAUCCUUGUAUUCUGCAUUGGGUGACUCUUCAUCAUUUCCAGCUAUAAUUGUCGAGAGGUCACUAUUCAUUGGAAGACUAUUGUUUGCAUUCCAAAAGUACUCUAGAAACAUUCCCGUUAUUCUUGGUUCUCCCAGAUUAUGGUUAAAUGAAUCGAUGUCAGCGGUUUCUGGUAAGGUAUCACCACUUUUGACGUACUCUAGUGGAACGUUUGAUUCUUUUAUGUCUGAAAACCAUGGUAAGAAAAUGAUACCUUCACCUAGAAGACAAUCUUCACUUGCUGCUUCGGCAUUAUUUGGAGUUGAUGAUAGUUCAAGCCCACAACUUGGCGAAUUUAGAAAAACAACACAGGAUCUUUGUAUUAAAGCUCAUAACUUGUGGAUAACUUGGGUUUCGGAUGAGCUUUCCGCUAUCUUCUCACACUGUCUCAGAAACGAUGAAAGUUUAUCAGCAACCGCUCCCUUGAGAGGGUGGGAAGAUACAAUAGUUAAACAAGAGGACUCUGCUGAACAUCCAUCAGAGAUGAAAAUCUCACUUCCUUCCAUGCCUUCCAUAUAUAUCACAUCGUAUCUAUAUCAAGCCUGUGAAGAAAUUCACAGAGUUGGGGGUCAUGUACUUGACAAACCAAUUCUGCAAAAUUUUGCUUCAAGAUUAUUAGAAAAGGUAAUUGAUAUUUAUAUGGAUUUCCUCUUGAAUGAUGAGGCUAGUUCAAACAGUGUGUCUGAAAAAGGAGUGCUGCAAGUCUUAUUGGAUCUAAGGUUUGCCGCUGACAUUCUAUCUGGUGGUGAUUUAAGUGGAAAUGAAGAAAUAUCAAAAGCCUCGAAGACAAAAACAGUUUAUAGACGUAAACAAGAUUUGCAACAAGCAAAAUCAAUCAUAAAUGAACGCCUUGAUGGGUUGAUGAAUCGCCUCACACAGAAGCUAGACCCUAUAGACUGGCUCACUUAUGAGCCAUACCUUUUGGAGAACGAGAAACAGUCUUACUUGCGCCAUGCUGUCCUAUUUGGUUUCUUUGUGCAGCUUCGUCGGUUGUACACAGACGCUAUGCAAAAAUUGCCUACACAUUCUGAAUCAAAUAUAAUGAGAUGCUCUACCGUUCCUCGUUUUAAAUACCUCCCCAUCAGUGCUCCUGUAUUAUCUGCAAAGGGGACAAGUAAGUCCCCUACAUCAACAUCUAUAAAGGAUAUUUCUUCAAGGAAUCCUUGGAGAAAUUAUACCCAAGAGGAGCUCCAACGCAAUAUUGAUAUGGAUGAUAAUACAAAUUCGGGGGUCGCAACGCCUUUCUUGAAAUCUUUUAUGCAGGUUGGCAGUAGGUUUGGGGAGAGCACACUGAAACUAGGGUCCAUGCUAACAGAAGGACAAGUGGGCAGGUUUGGUGACAUUUUACCUGCUCAAGCAGCUGGUCUUCUUUCCCAAUUUACAGCCACAAGAUCAGAUUACUAGUUUCAUUCAUCCCACCUUAAAAUACACACCGUUUAUAUAUGAUUUUGAUGCCAAGAAAUGGUUACUUGGGUGCCAAGUUAAUGCCAAUGGAUCGGGCCCCAUGAGACCCCUACAGUCGUAAAUUUGCAGCUUUUGGGGAAACUUGUGAAGAACAUAUCAAGUUUUUGUGUUUGUGAAUGUAAGUUUGGGAUCAUUAUGUGUGCAUGAGGCGAAUAGGGACCGCUAUAGGGAGAGGGAGGUAUGUAGACCGGUGGUUGUUGCUGUUGUUGCUGAUGUUGAGAUUUGUAUACCGUAUACGGGUUUUAUAGUAAUAUCUUCAUUUGAUUAACUUGUCUUAUAAACCUAUUUUGUGACAUGUAUUUAGUCUAUUUCGACUUAAAUAUCAUUGAUGCAACAAAUUAAAAAAAAAA